AUGGUAGAUCCUCAAAAGAUCGAAGCAAUCAAGAACUAUGUCCGGCCUAGCUUUAUGACGGAAGUUAGGAGUUUCAUGGGGCUCGACAGCAACUACCGGUGGUUUGUUAAAAACAUUGCUUCUAUCGCCAUGCAUUUCACAAGUGUGACAAAAAAGGAGGUGCCUUUCGAGUGGGCCAACAAGUGUGAGGAGAGCUUCCAAAAGCUUAAGACCGUUCUGACCACAACACCUAUUCUGGCACUGCCGGUGGAAGAUCUUGUCAGAAUCCCAUGGUUCGCGGUAUUCCGUUCAUCUCGGAGUGAACAAAAUGUACUGAGACUUGAAAUGACUUUAUUGGUGGCCUAG